GCGAUGCAAGAGGAACUAAAGGUACCCGGAACUUAGGUUUCCGAACUUGGAGGGAAGGGUUUUUGGGAGGACACGGUGUGUUUGCCCGAGCGCGAGAGUCACCGUCUUCGGGAUCAUGGCGCUCGUGGGGCUUUUAGGUCGGGUGGGCUCGCGGCUCUUGCCCGGAGGCACCUACGGGCCUGUUCGCGGGGCGGCGGAGACGAGACUUUGGAGCGGGACUCGGUGGUGUGUCAUAUCUAGACAUGUUAAUAUCAAGACUCCCACAUGGUGGGAUGAGCAUCUUUCAGAAGAGAAUUUCCAGUUUGUUAAGAAGAUCACAAAACAAGAAAUGAAUGCUCUCACAGCCAGUAAGCUGUGCCCUCUGAAGGAUGAACCUUGGCCUUUACAUCCAUGGGAACCAGGUUCCAAAAGAGUUGGUCUUAUUGCAGUCAAGCUGGGAAUGCUGCCAUUAUGGACAAAGACAGGUGAAAGGGUUCCUGUUACAUUACUUCAGGUUCAAGACUGUCAUGUGCUAAAGUAUGUACCAAAGGAACAAAAUGAUGGACAAUCUGCUCUGGUUGUUGGAGGCAGAAAUGUGUCUGCGUUCCGGAAAAGUGAAACUGCAAUGCAGCGGUACAGGGAAGUUGGCGUUCCUCCAAAGGAGAAACAUUCAGUAUUUGUAGUGUCAGAGAAUGCUAUCAUUAAGCCAGGUACUCCCCUGUAUGCAGCUCACUUCCGUCCUGGACAGUAUGUGGAUGUUACAGCAAAAACAAUUGGCAAAGGCUUCCAAGGAGUCAUGAAAAGAUGGGGAUUCAAAGGCCAGCCUGCAACCCAUGGCCAGACUAAGACACACCGACGACCUGGAUCGGUUUCCACUUCAGGGGUUGCCAAGGUCUUUAAGGGGAAGAAAAUGCCAGGACAGUUGGGUAACUGGUUCAGAACACAAAGAGGACUAAAGGUGUGGCGGGUCAACACGAAGCACAACCUCUUAUAUGUACAUGGAAGUAUUCCUGGGCAUAAAAAUUGUCUAGUAAAGCAGUUGCAAUGUGUAUGGCACGAAACCCAGGGCAGGACAUUUGGUGUUUGCUGGUCAGUGAUACACGCUUACCAACAGGCAAAGAAGCAAAUAAGAACCCACCGUUCCCAACAUACUUUGCUGAUGGUGAAGAGCUGCCUGAGGAACUGUACGACGAGGACAUUUUCCAGUUCACUGAGCCCUCUAUUACAUUUGCUUAGCUACUAACAUUCUGGAGGACAGGCAGCUUUUCCAUCAUGAAUGUUGAUCUGAAGGCUCAAAGCAGAAAACCCCCUGAGAAGUAAACUCUGACAUCAUCAGCCUGUCGCACACAUCCGUGGACACUUGGUUGUUUUUUCUAGCACUCUGAAACUGUAAAGACAGUAGCUCAUUGUAAGUUGUAAACUGAAGAGAGCCUGAAGAAUUCCAAGCAGAGAAAAGAUGACACAGCUAGUCAACAACCUUUCAAAGUAGUUCUUUAAAUGACAGAAUCUGUCAAACAAAUAACAUUAGUAUGUCUGUAGCACUGGGACAACUUUCCUUAAUCAUAUUAUAGAACAGAUGUGCUGCUCUGUUUGUCUCUUUUCUUCUUCUGUAAAACAACAUGGACAAAUAUAUUUUACUCUGUUUUAAAAAAUCACAGUUAUUUGCUUAGUUACAAAAAAAAGACUGUUUCACAAAUUUGUGAAUUUGAGCCAGUGAUUCAAAGAUAAUUUUUUGUAUCUCCUACCCCACUUAGUUUUGUUAUGUUGAUUCAUUCUGCCAUUCCAUCGGCAUGUUAACUUGAAAAUCAAUGUCAUUAAACUUGAUUGGGCAUAUCUCUGAAUA